AUGAUUUCUUCUGCUCUGAAAAGCCCAACAUUGGAGAAAGAUGAUAAAGGGAGAAGCUCCAAAUUUAUCCCAAAGAAAUAUGGGAAUAAAAAAGUGAAGAAUAAUGCGGUGAACGUGGAUCGAACACGUGACCUUCAGAUCUUCAGUCUGACGCUCUCCCAACUGAGCUAUCCCCGCACUGAUGCUUCUGCACCAUUUAGAGAAAGACGAACUUGUGGAAGAAAGCCAGAACGAUGCCAGCGUGAGAAUGAUAAGAAAUUCAGGGAAACAUUGAAAACAAUAGAUUAG